AUGAAUGGAAAUAGCAGUGCGACACAUGCCAAUAUAUCUGUUGUCCAGUGGAACAAUGUCGAUAAAUGGCUGCCCGCAGACGAGGUCAGCAUCAAGGAUCUACAUACAGAAAACCCGACCGAGGCACCCAAGAUCAUCGCCCCGAGUACACAGGUGUUUAUGGUAAUUGCACAUACACCCAAAGAUCGUGAAAAUGAGCAACAGAAGUAUCGCGAGGAGUUUGUGGAUACAUUUUUCAUGUCCAAGUUAUGGUGCUUAGACCAUCUCAAAAAUGCAAACGGUUAUUUUGGCUGUGAGGCUACUCGAAAUGAAGGCUCUGUCACUGGUUUCAAUACUUGGUCAUUCUUCGAGGUAAAGCAUGUGCCCGAGGAUCGGACAGAAUAUUAUUGGUCUAAGAUCAACAUUUCCACGCGAUGGUUAUCAUCAACAAAUCAGAUGGGAAUUUUCCUGUUUGACCCAACCGAUAAGGUGUUGGACCCCCUGCUACAUCCAGAUCAACGACAACUCAAUGACCCUUUCUGGAUUUACACUGGUGUUUUGCAAGAAGUUGCUCGCCUCCAAGAAAUAGCCGUGUGGGAGAUUCGCCAUCACGUCCGGAAUAUUGAAAAGGAGGCCGAAAAAGAAGCGAAAGCGCGAGAGGAAGAGAAACGAAAAAAUCCGAAUUCUUUGGGUAAAAGACCAAAGCCUGAUUAUCGGCGACUACACGACAUUGCUCGCCAUGCAAUCCAUGUUACCGAAACACUAGACGUGGCUGUACAAAACGUGGACCAUAUCAUCCGGCAACACGAGAUGUAUAUGCAUACACGCAGAGAACAGUACGCACCGAAUACCCCUCAAGACGUCUCCUUUGAAGACAUUUCCAGUCGACUGUCAUUCUUCCAGAGCCAUAUUGAGAGUAUCCGGCAUCGAUCCAUAUCGAAUCAUAAGAGAUUGCAGAACGAGAUUCAACUCAAGUUCAACGAAGUUGCUCAGUACGAUGCUGGGCUUACUGUGGAGAUUAGUCGUGCUGCGCGCUCGGACAGCGCGACCAUGAAGACACUGGCAUUUGUGACUCUCACUUUCCUUCCUCCCACAUUCAUUUGUGCCUUAUUCAGUAUGUCGUUUUUCAACUACGACAGGGACACUGGCUGGGCUGUCUCAGACAAGCUCUGGAUAUAUUGGGUGUUCGCCGUCCCGACGACCAUUGCAACGGCUCUUCUGUGGCAGUAUUGGAGUAAACUUUUCCCAAGGUAUCUUUUUCAUAUGCAUGGGAAUGAGGCUCAGGAAUACGACCACGAGGAGCCAAAGGAAAAACUACCCUUGGAAGUCUGA